AAAAACCCUAAAUAAAACUCCACCAAAUCCAACGAUGACAUGAACAUGGUUUACAAUGUUAAGUACUUUCUGCAACUUCCCAAACUGUCAUACCCUCCCAAUCCCAUUCAUUAUCCAUUGGCCCGCCCCCUGCAAGUGCAACAGCCUCCCCUGGAAAUGGCUUGUCAAGCUCUUGCACUCAAAUUUAAUGCCUAUAACUCUCUGCUAAAUGCUUGUAUUAAUAAUAAGGCUAUUCGAGAAGGCCAAAGGGUCCAUGCCCACAUCAUCAAAACUUGUUAUCACCCUCCCGUUUAUCUUUGGACAAGGUUCAUUGUUUUCUAUACAAAGUGUGGCUUGUUAACGGAUGCAAGAAACGUGUUUGAUGAAAUGCCUGAGAGAAAUGUGGUUUCUUGGACUGCCAUGAUUUCUGCCUAUUCUCAAAGACAGCUCUCUUUUGAAGCAUUGCAUCUUUUUGUUCAGAUGCUCAGAUCAGGUGUGGAACCAAAUGAGUUCACAUUUGCUACUGUGCUAACCUCUUGUACUGCUGCUUCUGGAUUUGAACUCGGAAGGCAGAUUCAUUCUCUCUUAUUUAAGCGUGAUUAUAACUCCCAUAUAUUUGUGGGUAGCUCACUUCUUGACAUGUAUGCUAAAGCUGGCAGAAUUCUUGAAGCUCGAGCAAUUUUUGAGGGCUUACCGAAACGGGACGUUGUUUCUUGCACUGCAAUCAUUUCAGGCUAUGCUCAAUUAGGUCUUGAUGAAGAGGCGUUAGAACUAUUCCGGAGGUUGCAAAGAGAAGGAAUGAGUUCAAAUUAUGUUACUUAUGCUAGUGUGCUGACCUCAUUGUCCGGCCUUGCUGCAUUAGAUCAUGGAAAACAAGUUCAUGGCCAUGUUCUUCGCUGUGAAUUACCUUUUUAUGUGGUUCUUCAGAACUCUAUGAUUGAUAUGUACUCAAAGUGUGGAAGCCUUAAUUAUGCAAGAAGGAUUUUUGAUAGCAUGCCCGAGCAAACUGUUAUUUCAUGGAAUGCAAUGCUUGUGGGGUAUGGUAAGCAUGGAAUGGGAAGACAGGUGGUUGAACUCUUUAAACUGAUGAGAGAUCAAAAUAAAGUCAAACCUGACAGUGUAACGUUUUUAGCUGUUCUUUCUGGCUGCAGUCAUGGAGGAUUUGAAAAUAAAGGACUGGAAAUCUUUGAUGAGAUGUUGAAACAAAGUAGUGGGAUUAAGGCAGAGAUGGAGCAUUAUGGAUGUGUUGUUGACUUGCUUGGCCGUGCUGGUCGAGUAAAAGAGGCCUUCGAAUUCAUCAAAAAAAUGCCUUUUGAACCAACUGCUGCCAUUUGGGGUUCACUUCUAGGUGCUUGUCGAGUUCAUUCAAAUGUUGACAUUGGAGGAUUUGUUGGACAUAAACUUCUGCAAAUGGAACCUGAAAAUGCUGGAAACUACGUAAUCCUUUCCAAUUUAUAUGCUUCCGCCGGGAGAUGGGAUGACGUGAGAAAAGUAAGGGAACUGAUGGUGGAUAAAGCAGUGACAAAAGAACCAGGAAGAAGUUGGAUUGAACUAAACCAAACCUUACAUACUUUUCAUGCAACUGAUCGCUCCCAUCCAAGAAGGCAGGAAGUAUUUGGCAGAGUGAGGGAAUUAUUAAUCAAGUUUAAGGAAUCUGGAUAUGUCCCUGAUCUGAGUUGUGUUCUAUACGAUGUGGAUGCGGAGCAAAAGGAGAAAAUACUUCUAAGCCACAGUGAGAAGCUAGCUUUGGCUUUCGGACUCAUUUCUACUCCUGAUAAAGCCCCAAUCCGUGUGAUAAAAAACCUCCGAAUCUGUGUUGAUUGUCACAAUUUUGCCAAAUUUGUGUCGAAAGUUUAUGGAAGAGAAGUGUCUUUGAGGGAUAAGAGCCGGUUCCAUCAUAUUGUUGAGGGAAUCUGUUCUUGUGGUGACUACUGGUAAUUCUUUGAGCUUUUUAGUCAGUCCAUGUUUGCUUAUGUUUCUGAAGAAUGUGAGAGGGCUACGAUGAUAUGAGAUCUAGUAGGAGAACAAAGUUGCAUCUGAAAUGGAGGGUGAUGAGAUGAAAGUGUAUCCUUGUUUCGAAAACAACAACUUCUUUUCUUCCAACACUUUGCAUAAAUUGAUUCACUUUUUGGUAUAACUUGUAGAAGAUCUGUUAUACUCAUGUGACACAUUGAAACUUGAAGAAGUGUACAAGAGAAAUUAUUCGUCUGUUUGCACAUCAGCUUGUUUCUUGGUAGUUUCCUGGUUCAAGGAAACAGCUUUAAAAGAUAAAGUAAAGAAGAAGACUCUGUUUGUACCUCUCUGGACACAGCUCAGAUCAUCCAUGACAUGAAUUAAUUGGAGAAAAAAGGGAUUUGUUGGGCUCAUCAGGUGUAAGAAUGUCUAUAUUUGGAAUGUUAUGUUUCAACAACCUGCAUACUGGUGGUUUGACCUAGUGAUAGGAUUGUUAUGUUCAAACCUAAGAGUGACUCGGAUUUGAACUUCCGGUUUCAUGUAAAUGGUGCAGCUUGAACAUUUUCCAUGUUUGUGCACCUGGUUAAGCAGCUGCAUGGUAAAUAUGUUUGAAUCUACUUGUUGUCAAUUACCUUCUAAGAAGAGCUUGCACAUAGUCAGACGCCGUAACACAUCUAUUCAUGACGUUUCCAUAUUCCGCGACUUCAAUAUGCUAACAAUGAUGGUAUAGAUAUAGUACUGUGAUUACAAGAUGCUACAUUGAUACAGGAGAUGAUGCCAUAAUACCCAAAGACAUAUAAUGGCCCCCUUUAUAACUUGACUGCAAUCAACUCUUGGAUUCGAACUAAAUCUUUCUCUAUCAAGUUCAGAAGUGCCAGUUAGUUUGAUUUUAAGAAUCUGACGUUCAACAAUGUCACUGUAGUUGAUUCUCAUAAGAGGUCUGGCACUGCAAAUACGCAAGCUUUGCCAUUGUUUAUUCCAAAUUUUGAAUUUUAUCGACAAAUUAUAAAAUACACAUCGGUUAAUGAUUAUUUGAAGAUUUGUUGUAUGAAA